UUGAUUUGUUCUGUCAGCGUUACAGGGAAUGUACAGAGUUUAUUAACCCUGAUAUUCAGCUAAAUUUAGUUAAAAUAAUGUUUUAUUACCCUAAUGUACUUAAUCACAAAACUGGAUGCUUUGCUACAAUAUGGCUGGCAGCCACAAAGGCCAGAAAGAUGAACCGUCGUGAUCUACUCAAGGUUAACGUUCAGAGUACAUGCACUGACAUUAUGGACUACGUGUUGGUGCGAGUGCCUUCUCUGGCUGCAGGUCUGCCUCGGCCUCGUUUCUCCCUCUACCUGUCGUCCCAGCUGCAGUACGGAAUCGUGCUCGUCUUCCACCGCCAGUGCCAGCUGCUGCUAGAUGAAAUCCAGGAGGCCAUCGACAGACUGCAUCGUUACCACGUACAGGCGCAGAUCGACAUGCUGCCUGAGGAGAUCAGACAAACUCAAACACUUCCUGAUGCUCUCGCUCUUCUGACUGAGACCGAGGGGGCCAGAGAUCCGUUUUUCGGCUCGAUAGAGUUCGGUUUGCCCAGUCCAACUAGCCUCAUGCAGCUGGUUCAGGAAUUGGGUGUGGUUUCACCAGAGAGUCUACAUUCUCCACCAGUGGAAGGCAUCACAGCGAGUCAGGAGUCGAUCACAAUGACCGAGCGGCAGCCUGUUAUCAUGCAAGAGCCUGAGUUUGAAGGGGCGGAGCUGCAGGAGAUCAACAUGAUUGAAAUGUUGCUGGAGCAAUCGGAUCAGUUCCCGGAAGGUGACGAAGAAACAGAGCGUGCGAGGCAGCGCGAGAGAAGAGAAAGAGAUAGAGAAGGAGAAGAGGUUUUAGAGAGGGAACGAGAGCGAGAGGCAGCAGAAGCGGAGAGGACGAGGGAUCUGACGGGGUCUACCCUCAUGGAGCUGGCUCAAAGCACCGAAGUACCAAGCCGAGACAUCGUGUCUGUGGGCGAGGAGGUGGACCUGCCCACUGCGAUGCCCCAGCCAGCCGCGAGAGAGAGGACCCCGGAGCCCGUCACUAUUCCACCAUCUCCACCUACCCCGGAGAGGAGGGAGCGGCGGAGAGAGAGUCCUCGCCUGGAGGAGCUUGUCCCAAUCCCAGAAGCCCCUGCGGAGGGACGAAGGAGGAGGAAGAGGCAGCUGGUUUUUAUGGACGAAGACAUACAGAUAUCCCAGGAAGCACUGCAAGCCCAGAUUAAUGACCCAAGCAUUGAAACCAGACCUUUAGAGGAUGUUCUGAUCAGACCACCUUCUGAAGUGAGCGAGCCGAAGGUUCUUCUCAGUAACCCCUGCAUGAAACUUCCCGCUGAGAUUCUGGAGCUGUGGAAGCAGGGCGCAGUCAUCCCUCGCAUCCCUCCACCUAGACGACGCAAGGAGGCUGAAGAGGACCUGGAGGCUGUACGAGAGAGAGAGAGGGGAAGAGAGGAACAAGAAGAAGGAGAGCUCAGGGAGAUGCCCACAGAGAUGGUGGAGUCAGGCGUCUCCCGAUAUGAUACCCCAGUUUCCUCUCUGGUCAUGGAGGUGACAGACAGAGAAAUCUCACCCUUGGAGACUCCUGAGACUCGACGGUCUCCCGUUCCCGUGUCCGUGUGUGGACUGGAGGACAUUCCAGAGGAGCGAGUCCCUGAACUGGAGGACGUCAUGAUGGAUGUUGAUCCUCUCAAGCGAUUGGCUGCUAUCGGUGAGGAUCAAGCAACGUUUCACUCCCUUCUACCCCCUAGAGUCACACGUAGAACCAUCAGUCAGGCGUUCUGGAGGCUGCUAGAGCGGAUCGACAUGAAAGAGGUCACGGUGCGACAGGACGAGCCGUACGGCGACAUCAUCAUCUACGUGACACAGCAGCCUCGUCAGAUCGAGACGCCGCCCGUGUGAUUGCUUUUUUCUUUUUUUAUUCACAUGCAUUUUUUCUUUUAAACUGUUAAACGUAGAUUGUUUGCGAAGUUCACGAAGAAUUGUAUUAACAUUUUAAACACUAUUACGCCGAAGUGCCGAUUUUAUAUAACGAAAUGUUGUCGACUCCGAAUGAAUUUAUUUAUUUGUUAUUUUUAAAGGAUUGAAAUCGAGUUCCGCUUCACGAUUGAUUCUUUGCUAAACUCGUAUUAAACGUAUUUAAAGUUAAACGUUAUCAGUAAUUAAAGGAUUUAUUAUGUGUGUAUUUUACAUUCUUUCUUCUUUUUAACCUGUUUUUACAGUUUAAUGUAACGAGUCAUGUGCUGUUUUAUUAUUUGGUAUAAAAUAUUAUUAAAUGAACUAAAGGUCACAUGGUUUGGAUUGUCAAAGGAACAUGAAACAACACUUUUUUUUGUGGCUUUGGAAAGUGAAAUAUUUUAUUGUGUGUGUCCAAAAAAAGUUGAGAAAUAAAUACAAAUGUUUACAAAAUGACAGAAAAAUACGAACUCGAGUGACUUUAUAUGGAUGAAUGUGUUCAUAAGACUUUCUUAACGUCGUACUUAAAGGU